AUGUAUGACUACCUCGGCUUGAUCAAUACGUUUGCAGUAGGAUCGUCCACGACAUGGUCAAAAAGUCCAUACAUGCUCAGUUGUUUGAACUCGAAUGGAUCUGACAAGUGCUAUAAACUGGUGAAAAUCGAAUUAAAUCAGUUAUAUUGGCUGCAUCAAUCGAUUGGCAACCCAAGUGCUACUACUCCAAACACACCCUUGGAAAGAUAUCAUGCAUCUAUUGGAACAGCAAUGUUUGAUCCAGUUUCAGCCAAUGUCACCAGCUGCACUAUAGUCAUCACAAUCCGUAUAAAUGAUGAGUUGACAGAUUCUGCAUCUAUUGCAUUAGAGUGGAGAGUAGUGUUAGAUAUGCCCUGGUAA